UUGAUUUUUUUUAUCUUCUAUUGAAUUAUUUGCGGGUUGGUCGAGAGUGCAUGGAAUUUUAAUGAAAUAGUGAUUAAUGAUUAUAGACUUUUAGUUUAGUCAAUUUUAUUUAACAUCUAUCUAGUGCAAAAAGCUUUAAAUCUAUUCUUACUCAAUUCCAUAAUGGCCAAUGAAGUAGCAGUUCCUCCUCCUGUUUUAUGGGCACAGCGCAAGGAAGACGUUUUUCUCACAUUUAGUGUUGAAUCCAAAGAUCCAAACAUCAAAAUAGAAAAGGAAUCGGUAUACUUUAAAGGGGUAAGUGCUCAAGACAAUAAAAAUUACGAAGUAACUAUACCUUUGUACGAUGCCGUUGUCCCAGAGGUUAGUGCUUUUGUGAAUAAAGGCCGGUGCAUAGAAAUGAUUUUACGCAAAGAGAAAAAGGAGGCAACUUACUGGCCUUCUUUGACAAAGGAUAAGAAGAAGCCUCAUUAUCUUAAGAUAGAUUUUAAUAAAUGGAAAGAUGAAGAUGAUGAGAAUGAAGAAGGUGUUGGUGGUAGUGGUAGUGGUGGCGGCGGCGGCCAAGAUUUUGAUUUCGAAUCAAUGAUUCGUUCUAUGGGCGGUGGCGGCGGUGAUAAGCUUGAAAAACCCUCCUUUGAUGAUUUAGAAAGUGAUUCAGAUGAUGAAAAUCUGCCAGAUUUGGAGUAAGAAAGAGCAUUGGUAGUGCUUACAUUACAUUAUGUAUCUUAAGGUUUUUACAGUUAUAAUAAAUUUUUUAUGGUA